AUGACGGGCUUCAUCACGAAUUACAUCCAAAACACCGCCAUGGGCAUGCUGUCUAGCGGUAUCACCGCUGCCGGAAACGUAGCUGGCAAUGCCGUUGGCGGCGUAGGAACCAUGAUCCAAAGCAGCGGACAAGCAGUCGGAACCGGUAUCGAAGGCAGCAUCAAGAACUGGGGCGACUACAUCAACAGCUACGGCGACCGCGCAAUCGCCGCAACAGCACCAAACGUCGGCUCCGGCCCAACAGCAGUGAAGAAGCAAAAAGCUCUCCCGGCACCUGCAAAGGGAGCAGGUGCAAUCGCAAAGCAAAAAGCCUUGCCUGCUGCUCCCUCUUCAUCUCUCAAAGCCCUUCCUGCUCCUGCCUCCAAGCCAAACACCCUGGGAGCAAACACGCCUUCCUACGCAGGCGCCGUCAAGAAGACAGCCGUAUCCGCAGCUUCAAAACCAAAGAGUGCUGUCUCGGGAGUGAGCAGUCCCUCUCCUUCUACAGCUGGUCUGCCCAAACCAUCAAAAUCUUCUGUGUCAGGUCUACCUCCCGUCAACUCUAAACCUCUGUCUUCUCUGCCUCCCGUCAACCCUAAGCCUCUGGCUGCUUCCACAGCAAACAAAGUCAGAAUCAGCGCGGCUAGCAAGCCCAAAACCAGUGGAGGACUGCCCAGAGCACCUGUAGACGGCUUGCCGAAGGCUCCUGGACUGCCCAAGGCCCCUGGUUUGACUGGAGUCACCAAAGCUCCUGCUGCACCUUCAGUGAAUGGAUUGCCAAAGGUUUCGAGCCUACCACCUGCGAAUGUGCCAAAACCCCCUUCGACUAACAAGGUGAGGAUUGAUCCUGCUAGCAGGCCCAAGAAGUAA